GCGCGCGUGUGGAAUGAAACCGUUCCUCAUUGGAAUAUUCAUCAGUGUCAAUUCUUACCAUACGCAGCAACUUUUGUACUCACCUGCGGAACAAAUAGAAGGACCUUCGUCACGGCGGAUGGAAUGAAAGCUGAGUAAAUAUGUUUUCAAUGCCCGAAACGAUACACUCCCAGAACGGUACGGAAAACACUCAGGUCUCAGUUGGUGCAGAGAUUUCGCGCUGAAGUCUUUAGAACCUGUCUUUGGUACGGUUUUUGGCAGAAAAACAAAACAAAAGGUAGAGAGACUUCGUUGAGGCAAUGGUUCAUAUUUUGUGUCGUGUGUCGAAGGUGAUGACGUUGCUGGACGUGCAAAUAGAAGGUGAUCUUUGUAUCUUAGCAAACAAUUUUUGGGUGAUUCCCAGUGUUUGAGCAUUUGUUGGGGCAUUAAUAUUUGGUAAACGGUCAGUUAGAAGGCAUUCUUUCGCACGAGCAGGUGGUCGUAUCGGUAGUAAUUGGUUGGGCAACUGUGAUAAUGAUGAGAACGAUUCCUUUCCUUGGUGGACUUCUAUUUCUGUGCUUAUCACACUGUAGUCGGGGCUUCAUUCGCGAUUGCGAUCAGGAGGAACGGUGUGUACAGCUCGCAUUAUGCGGUCAGUAUCUGCAUUACGUUAACGAGGCACCGAAAUAUUGGCCUCCAAGUGUACGGGAGGAAGCUCUCCGGCAGCUGUGUGAUGUACAGAGGUCUGUUAAUGGUUCGAAGAUCUAUUACAUAUGCUGCAAUCGGAAGGAAAUACUGUGCGGCGUUACACGGGUGCAACUGAUCGCUUAUGGUCAGCAGGCACGUGCGUACGCCUUUCCCUGGAUGGCAUUGCUAGAAACAAGUGUCAGCGAUGAGCUGCCUUGUGGAGGAAGUCUCAUAAAUGAUCGACACAUACUAACAGCUGCUCAUUGCGUCAAGGCGCGGAAAAUUGUUGGCGUACGUGUUGGAGUUCAUGAUCUCUACGAUGAUCCUAAGUGUGACGAUAGAAUACAUUUUAAAGAUGACUAUUUUAACAGCGAUGAGAACAUGGAAACAGAUGAUGAUGAGUACAUUUCCAACUGUGGACCCCCAGCUCAGCGCAUUCCCAUCGAGGCGAUCGUAAUACAUCCGAAAUAUAGCCCACGCUCGAAGCGAAACGAUUUGGCGAUCAUUCGAUUACAAUAUCCGGCCGUCAUCGGGUACAGUGUUAUUCCGAUCUGUCUACCGCUCACGGAUCAGUUACGAGCAUAUCGCACUUCGGAUUCCUUCGUCACUGGCUGGGGGCUAACGGAAGCAGGCGAACGAUCGGCUGUGCUACGGUACGCUGUUUUACCCGCCAUCACAUUGCCCGACUGUGCGAUGCGGAUCAAGGAGCUGGACCGGAUAAUUGUCCUGGAUGAUGGACAUCUGUGUGCUGGUGGGAACAAUAAGACGGCCCACUGCCAUGGCGACUCGGGUGGACCAUUGCAGUAUGUGUCCGAUGCUACACGCUUCGUACUGCAGGGUGUGGUAUCGUUCGGGGUAAAAACCUGCGGCACUAAGAUUGCUCCGGGCGUGUUUGCAAACGUUACCCAUUUCAUUGAUUGGAUCGUACAGGAAGCUAAUAUUCUGGAUUAGAAGUUGACACGAAUGGAUGGAAUAGAAAACGUGCAAUACAAACUCUCUGAACUAAAGAUCAAAAUGACGAAGAAAUAUUGAAGAACUGAAUUUUCGGUAAGGAAAAAAUGAUCAUUAAAUUAACAACAAUCUUAUUUGCAAGAUUUAUCGAUAAAAUAAUAAAUAGAAAUAUUGUAUUUGUUAUUUGGGGACAAAAAACGUAGAAUUUCUUUUUCUAAACAUGCUCAUGAAAGCAUGGAAAUGAAGCACCUUCAAAACAGAAUCCUUUUAUACCUUGGGAGGAUAAUCAGAGAUUUAAACGACAGUAAAACGGCGCACGUGUUUCAAAUAACCACAUAACAAAUAAGCAUUUCAGCAUUAAUUAAUCUUUAUCAACUAGGAUAUCGAACAAAAACAAAAACUCUUUUACUUUUCAUAAGCUAAUAAAUUUGAUAAAAAGGUUUAAUUUAAGUUUUUUUUAAAUUCCAUUUUGCUAGAUCAAUAUUUAAAUUCAAAUUCAAAAGUCGUUACACAAACUGUCAUUA